CAUUCUGCAGGGGAAGAUGAUCCCAGUUGUAGGAAAACUACACAAAAAGAACAAAUUAAUAUCUGUGUUCAGCAGGAUAAAAAAGACUCUCAUGGGUCAGAUGGUAGCUCAAGACGUGUAUCUGUAGUUUCAAGAUCAGAAAGAGAAGAGGAAUUGACACUGGAAUCCAGUUUUCAGAAAUCCGGUGUAAAUGAAGAAAAUAGUUCAAACUGCAGUGGAAAAGAGGAUGUCAGACCAGGAUGCAGCUCAAGGCCUGCCUCUGGAACAUUGAGACUUGAAGAUGAACCAGACCUUACGCAAGAACCGAAAAACCGGAGUAGUCCUGCAAGAGAGGACAUUAAUACCUCUGUUGGGCAGAAUAAAAAAAAACUUCGUAGAUUCAGCAGCAGUUCUGGAGAUGUGGCUAACUUUUCAAGACUUGAAGGGGAACAAAAACAUAAGCAAGCAUCAAACAAACAGCAAAGUAAAAUUGAUGGAGAAACUGACUGCACCAACCUGGGUAAAAAAGAAUCAUGGACACCUGAAAACAACUCAAGGCCCGUCUCUGAAGGUGCAAGACAUGAAGGCAAAGAAGUAUUCAGGCCUGGCAGCAGCAAUCAGAAAAGUGCUGCGAAAGAAUCUGCUGCUCUCACAAAGCAAAAAAAUGUGACAAAAGAACAGUGUACUGCCCCCAGCUUGGUUGACAUACACAGUGAAACUAAAAUGCAGUUUGAGAAUUUCCAGAGGACAGUUCUGGUUGAACCUUCUUCAAAACUUGUAUUUAUGGAUGAACAUGAUUCAGAAGUAGACCAAAAGCAUAAAGAGCAAGAAAAAGAGCCUUCAGAGGGAAGUAGCUGGACUGAUAUGGAGGAUGCGGAACCGUUAGCUAUUUUCUCACAAGAGGAUUCUAUCCAGAAUCAUAAUACUUCUGAAACAAAAGACACUUCAGCAUCUGCCACAGAAUUCGUAAUGUAUCCUCCUCACCUGUACAGUCAUAAGAUGAAAGACUAUGCAAAAUAUUGGACAAAGCCCCCCAAGCCAGAACACUGUAGUCCUUUUUCAAGCCCCUGUGAAGAUACUUCAUUUGAUUCUUCAUAUUCUAGUCAGAUCUGUAACAUUUCUUUUGAUACCUCAGUUGAUAUUUCAUCAAAUACCUCACAGGAUCUCAUUUUAUCUGAAGAAGUGAGCUUGCACACAAAAGCUCCUACUUGGAGGACUUUAUUGGUAGAGAAUGUGGCAGCGGUCAACUCAGGGAGGCCGGACACCUGUCACUGCCCAUACUGCGGGGGUCUAGCACACUUUCAAGAUUCAGAUGAGGAAGAUUCCCUAGCAGAUGCCGAGCCCGAUACCGCCGGAUUUCCCGGCAAUCCCCCCUUCCCUCCUAUUCGACACCAAAGUGGAAGACGCCUCAUUCGCGGGGAACUGUAG